UGUGUGCUGGCUGGCACGACGAUCGACACGUCGGGGGGGAGAAAAAAGACGAGGAGAAGGAGGCGGAAGAAGCGAGAGAAAAGGUGGCGGAGGAGAGAAGGAUCGCGGGUUUAACGAUCCCGGGACGGUCGGGCUCUCGUCGCGGCGCCGCCGAGUCGCGCGCGACUCCCACGGACAGCGACUCCUCGCCGCCCGGGCUCCUCGCUCUCGGCUCUUUACGGACUUUUUCAAAAUGGCAGCGGCUACGGACGAGCUGAUCCUGCUCGAGCGGGUGUUCCUGCGUCUGGGCUCCGCCGAGACGGACGAGCAGCUGCAGGCGUCGGUCUGCAAGUUCCUGCCACCCGUGCUGCUCAAGCUGUCCAGCGCGCAGGAAGGCGUCAGGAAGAAGGUGAUGGAGCUGCUGAUUCAUAUAAACAAGAGGAUAAAGAGCAGGCCCCAAGUGCAGCUGCCCGUCGAGGCUCUGCUCCUGCAGUACCAGGACCCGUCCGCCAGUUCAUUCGUGAUCAACUUUACGAUAAUAUACAUAAAGCUUGGGUACCCCCGCAUGGAGAUGAACAAGCAGGCGGAAUUGGUGCCGAGCGUACUGAAUGCCAUCGAGGGCAAGCCGCUGUCGCAUCAAGACAGUUUGAUGCUGAUCAUAAUGCCGGCACUGGGACAUAUCAACAUACCAGCGGACCCCGACAAACGGGCGUCUCUCUUGGGUUUGCAAGACAAACCUUACGUGGCGAAGCAGCUCAUCAAUUUCAUGCUCGACAUACUAUUGUUGCCGUAUGGAUCCGUGGGACAAACGGAAAGUCAACAGUCGGGUCAGGCCAUCGAUUGGUCCCAGUUCACCGUGCCGCCGGGCCUAAGCGACUACGCGUUCAAGAGGGUGAUAGGCGAGAGUCCGCCCACGGCCGAGCAACUCGAGCAGAUCAAGCUGGGCAUCGUUAAGUUCCUCGCCGGUGGAUUUUUCCCGGACACGGAUAUCCUGAUACACCUCAUCGUGGCGGCCGCGGACACCAGAUUCAGCAUCGCUAAUAUGGCGGAUCUGGAGCUGAAGAAGAUGGCCAGCGCACUGGACUGGUCCUCGAUGCAACUAGCAGCGCCGCUUUACACGUUAUUCCUGGGUACCGACGCACUGGCCGCGCAGAAGGACAUGAAGCCUGAAAUGAAACGGCUACCCGCGAGCACUCGAAUUCGCCUCAAGCUAUUGCAGUAUCUUUGUCGGGUGACUAAAGCGGGAUUCAUCAUACCGCCGUGUAUCCAAGUCAUUUUCGAUUCGCUCUAUGGAAAAAAUACGAAUGCAAAGUUAAAAUCAUUAGCACUGCAAUUCACGUCAAACAUCGUCCAGCACUGCAGCCUCGUACCGUUAACCCGCGUCGCCGGAGUCAUCUUGAACGGCAUGAUAAAGUUGAUCUCCGAAGGCGAUGACGUGCACAAGCCGAUGGCGUACACGGUCAUUGGGCAACUUGGUCAAAGGAUACCGUCUCUGAUAAACAAAGACUUGAGUUUGUUGCACAAUCUAUUUGACACGCUUGUUUCUACGGACGGCGAGUUACGACGUACGGUAAGGGACGCCUUGAUUUGCGUAACGUCUGCGUUCGUGCUGAAUAAGGAGGACGAGAACAAUAUAGCUCUGAUGAACGCUCUGCUGUCGGUACACAUUGAGUCGCCGGAAUCCAGCGUAAGAUUUGUGGCAAUGCAUUAUGCCGCAACCGUGUUUCCACCUGAUGACGCACCAUCUCGGUAUCUCUUGUUAUUAGCGUGUGGUGACAACAAACACGAGAUAAGUACGGAGGCCAUGAAGGCGCUUUACGGCGUUGCGCACAAAAAUGAGGACAAUCAACAAAUCAGCAGCAAGAUAUUGUUGCCCGAAUUUGUCAAGUUAGUAAGUUACAUUUAUCCGAAGAUGCAGUCGAGAAUGCCUGCCGCGAGUAGCGGCAGAAACACGGACAAGCAAGCACUCCCGUAUAGUAGUGCCACGUUUUCCGAAAUCAUUUCUUACUGUCGCGUCUGCCUCGCCAGAAGUGCUAAUAUUCCGACGCGAAACGAGCCGCUACAGCAUCCUUGCGAACAUACUCCUCUGAUUGGCCGUUACUUGGAAAAAUUAUACAAGGACCAACCGGAGAUAUUAAAUAAUUAUCUCGAUAUGAUCUUACUGUCGAGUCAUUCUUCCGCAGAUCAAAUUUCCUUGAACGCAUUAUUGGAAGUGCUCGGGUCCGUUCCGCAUUACAUGAUAAAAUCGUACGAGAAGGAGCUGCUGUGGCUCUGCUCCUUGCUCGCCUCCACCAAGCAAGAGGUGCGACAACUAGCCGCGAGGGUGUACGCUGCUAUCACCGGUUAUUUUCCGAAGAAUGAGUUCGAGAAACAUGUCUCGAGUAUCAUGAACGUUAUGAGUAGAAAAACCUUGGAAGCGCAGCACGGUGCAUUAAUGGCACUGACUUAUAUGAUGGAGAGAAAUUUAAUACAACAACGAAAUGGAAACGUGGAAGAUUUGUGCAAUUGGACGACUUACAGCGAUAUUGUGAAAGCAAUCGGUGCGUAUCUUCGCGAUAACGCGAUACUAUUAAUGGACGCAGCGAUUCAGGCUGUUGGCAUCCUGGGUAGAACGUAUCCUCUACCUUUACCAGCAGAGGGCGAUGACGUGCUGAACAAGAAAGCAAUAGUAGAAACGCUCUUUUCUGUCUUGUCUAAUGCUAAAUUGAAUACCAAGAUAAAGGAGAAAGCUGCGCUUUCAUUGGGACACCUGUGUGUUGGCGAGUGCUUUCCGCACACCACGGAUAUCGCUAACAAAAUUAUAGCAACGGUGAAAGAGACAAAGGAUAUCGAAAUCCAUUUAAUUCUGGGGGAAGCUUUGGUUUGCUGCGUUCAAGCGCAAGCUUCUCCGGAAGCAAGGGAUGCCUGGACGACUUUACCCACCGAACAUAUUGUCCCGUAUAGUAAGGAAAGUGACGAAUUAUUAAUACACGUGUUGAAUGAAUUAUUUAAUAUAUACCAAGUGCCUCAUCCGAACUUACGACAGGCAGUAUGUGUAUGGUUAUUCGCGCUACUGAAGCACAACGUUCAACGAGAGUGCAUUAAGGAAAGGUUGGCCAUGAUUCAUCAUGCAUUUAUAGACUUUCUUUCAGAUGACAGUGAUAUAGUGCAAGAUAUUGCUUCGAAAGGCCUUAGUCUGGUGCACAUAAACAGCAAGCAAGAAGAACGCGAGGCUUUAGUGUCCAAGAUAUUAGAUCAGUUUACGCAGGGUCGCAGAACGGUGCAGCAAGUUACCGCCGAGACCAAAUUAUUCGAAGAAGGUCAAUUAGGGAAAAGCCCAUCUGGCGGUAAUCUAUCGACGUACCGAGAAAUCUGUUCCCUCGCGACGGAGUUACAGAAGCCCGAGCUCGUGUAUUAUUUCAUGCACUUGGCAAAUCAUAAUGCGAUAUGGACAUCCAAAAAGGGAGCCGCGUUCGGUUUCGCGGCAAUCGCCAAUAUCGCGAGGGACGAACUGAAUAAAUAUCUACCCAACAUUAUACCGCGAUUAUACAGGUAUCAGUUCGACCCGACGCCGAAGAUCCAGCAGAGCAUGACCAGCAUUUGGCGGGCCGUCGUUCCGUCCACGACGAAAGCUAUCGAACAGUAUCAUAAAGAAAUAUUGACUGAUGUAACUGAUAAUCUAACGAAUAACGAGUGGAGGGUACGUAUCAGUUGUUGUAAUGCUCUCGCAGAUCUUUUAAGGACAAAUGUUCAAUUCGACUUCGCCGAAUGCGGCCCGGAGCUCUGGAAGAAACUGUUUCGCGUAAUGGACGAUAUUCACGAGGGCACGCGGUUAGCCGCGACCAACUCCACUAAGAUACUUAGUAAGGUUUGUAUACGUCAUUGCGAUUCGUCGCACGGUAAUGCCGGAAAAGAAGUUAUUCAGGCAAUAUUGCCUGUGCUGCUCGACAUUGGCAUUGUUCAUCAAGUGGAUGCGGUGAGAGCUAUAUCGCUGCAAACGGUGUCGCAGCUCGUAUCGACGGCCGGCGUUCUGUUAAAGCCGUCGCUCGUCAAUCUGAUACCGUCGUUAUUGGAGACGAUCGGUGAAUCGGAGAAUCCUAAACUAUCGUAUUUGAGUAACGUGUGCGGCGCGACUACGGAAACUCAGGAAGUUAUCGACAAUCUUAGAGCGAAUGUUGCCAAAGGUCAUUACGCGUCGGACACGAUAACGAAGUGUAUCCAGUAUGUCGAUGCUGACGUAUUGAAGGAUUUAAUGCCAAAAGUAAUAGAUUUAAUCAAGUGCAGCAUAGGAUUUGGGACAAGAAUCGCUUGUUCGCAUUUCGUGAUUCUUCUCAGCACGCAUCUCAAAAUAGAGUUGCAGCCUUACAGCGCUAAGGUACUGUCUGCCUUGCUCAAUGGUUUGUUGGAUCGUAAUGCUGCCGUGAGAAAAAACAAUGCGGUUAGCAUUGGACACAUAGUCGGCUCGGCUAAAGAUUCUAGUUUGGAUAAAUUAUUUAAUACCUUGAACACGUGGUAUUUGGAACGCGAAGAUGAUACGAUAAGAUUAGCGAUCGGACAGACUUUGCAGUCUGUAAAUAAUUAUAAUCAGGAGAAAUUGAAGAAUUAUCAAAAAAUAGUCAUUCCUCUUGCCUUCUUUGCGAUGCACGCGGAAAAGGUACCAGGAAACGAAAGUACGGUCGAAUUAUGGACUGAUUUUUGGAACGAAAUAACGCCCGGAACUGAAGCAGGAAUUGCGCAAAAUCUGCGAGCAAUAACCGGCAUUUUACAUACGGCUUUGGAGUCAGCGUCGUGGACUACUAAAGUACAAGCGGCGAACGCAGUUCAUACCGUUGCCUUAAAAUCAGGUCAUAAUAUUGAUGCAGAGGCCAGGAAUACUUUAUUGAAGAUACUGACUAAUGGUCUGCGCGGUAGAACGUGGAAUGGAAAGGAACGUCUACUGAACGCUCUCGCUAUGCUAGCAUGCAAUAGCAAAGAAGCCUUAAAUGCAGAUACUGCGUUGUUAGAUAUAGUCGUAGUAACACUACAUAGGGAAAGCAAGAAAGAGAACGCGGAGUAUCGUCGGCACGCAUUACAAGCGUUUGCUAUGGUCUUACAUGAACUUGAUAUUGAUAGGUUUACGGAAACAUAUGAAAUUGUACAGGAAAUAUUGAUUAAGGUAUCUGAUAAAAAUAACGACGAUGAAGAGGACACUGCGGAAGAGAGUAGGAAGAGAAAGGAAAACAAUAUAAAGUUGCAAGAAACGGUUUACGAGGUGCUUGGGAAAGCAUGGCCUUCCACCAAAGAGACCCAAGAUAAAUAUUGCAUAGAAUUUGUGACUCACUGUCAAAAAGUACUGCCAAAUAGUACGAGAUCUGUCCAAGUCGCUAUCUUGACGGCAUUAAAUCUCUUCGUGGAUAGACUUGUCUUAUUAAAAAUAAGUAAACCGGAGAUGCCGUUAAAAGACAAGAAACUAAUAGAUCAAAUAGGUGAUAGUCUCAACAAAAUAUUAUUAUAUUGUAUAAAUAUCUCGAAGUUCACCAAAAUUAGAAAAGAAGCAUUAAAUAUCGUUCUUUCGUUAGCAAGAAAAAUGCGCGAGACGAACAAUGAUGAGCAACUCGAUAAGAUGACUCGCCUUUUGAAGGAACUUCUGCCCGAUCUAGCAAAGGAUAACCAACCAGAAAUACGGACCAGAGUAAUUGAUAUUAAAGAAAUGCUUAAAAUUUAAUCGACGCAUACAUUGCACUUGGUACCUCGGAUCGCGUUUAUCUUUCGCACACGUCGAAGCAUGUUGCGUACUGUCGUUGAUGCUGGCGCUCUCGGAGUGACGAUAACAAAAGAUCGAUAGUUAUGGUUGCGUGUUUAUUUAAUAAUAUGUUAAAUGUAGAUGUGUGCCUAAUAUAGUAUUAUACUCCUUAAUAAAAUGUCAUUUAAAAUAA